AUGCUCACUACAAUAUUCCUCUGCUUGUUCUUGUUCUGUUUUCUGUUUCUCUGCUCUGCAGGAGAUAUCAUAACAUGGAACAGCUCCAUUACUGACAUCCAGAGAGAAACGCUCGUUUCUGGUCGAAGAAGAUUCGAGCUUGGAUUCUUUACUCCAAAUGGAGACUUAUCUAGCAGAAGAUACGUUGGGAUAUGGUACUACGGGUCGAAUCCAAGAACUGUUGUAUGGGUUGCUAAUCGUGACAGUCCACUCAACGAUUCCAAUGGAGUUUUUGCCAUUGCAGAAGAUGGCAAUGCCAGGGUCUUAGAUAGAAAUAACAAGAGUUACUGGUCGACAGAUCGAUUAAGAAAUUCGCCAUAUACCAACAGGAUAUUGAAGCUCCAGGAUUCUGGGAACCUCGUUCUAACGGAAGAAGAUGGAAGUAACAGUACAGUGAUCUGGCAAAGCUUUGAUAACCCAACUGACACAUUUCUUCCCGGAAUGAAGAUGGAUACAAACAUGGAGUUGACUUCAUGGAAAAGUAGUGACGAUCCGGGACAGGGGCAUUUCACGUUCCAGCAAGAUCCAGAUGGACCAAACCAAUAUAUAAUCCGGAAAGAUGAGUCAACCAUAUACUGGCAAAGCAGGGUCUCGGGCGAUUUCAUUUACUCCAGUGAUUAUGAAAUGCUUCCCGCGAUAUUUUCAGAAGUUUUCACUUCUGCAAAUCGGGAUAUGAGGCUGGUUAUGGAUCACUUGUGGAAGAUAAAGUAUUAUCUGUCGGUAAACCCCACGAGAGACUGGUUGCUUUCAGUGGAGGUUCCGCGGGAAUUGAAUUGGUGGGAGCCAAGAAACAGAUGCAGUGUGUACAAUGCUUGUGGAAAUUUUGGUAGCUGCAAUAGUAGGACUAGGAAGCUGUGCAAGUGUCUUCCUGGGUUUGAGCCAAAAUCUCCAAACAAAUGGAAUUCAGGGGAUUUUUCUGAUGGGUGCAAAAGGGUUUCAAUUUCAACCAUAUGUGGUGAGAAUGGUAGAAGAGACAGCUUCCCGAGCCUGAAGAUGAUGAAAGUGGGAAAGGCGAAGGAUUUAUUUCACGUUCGUAGUGAAACAGAUUGUGCAAAUGGCUGCCUUCUCGACUGCAACUGCCAAGCUUAUUCAUAUGAUGAAAACGUACAACGGAGAUUUGAUAAACAAGGUAAAUGCCGCAUUUGGGGGGAUCUUGAUAAUCUCUCGGAGAAUUUCACCGCUGGCCGUGAGCUCUCUGUCCGGGUGCCAGCUUCUGAUAUAGGAUCCAAAAAAAGAACUUGCGAGACAUGUGGGGUUAACACCGUUCCCUAUCCACUAAGCACCGGAGGAAACUGUGGUGAUCCCCUGUACAACAGAUUUGACUGCAACAAGGAAAACGGCACCCUAAGCUUUAUGACACCCAAGGCCAACUACAGUGUCACCAGGAUCAACCCAGAAACGCUUACAUUUGCCAUCCAAGUCCAAGAUGCAUUUAACUGUUCAGCCGGCAAAAUUCUGCAGUUCAACCAGUCCUUGCCGUUUGAAGUGAGCAGUGGGUCGUGCAAUGAGUCGAGUAACUCCACUCCAGAUCCUGUUUUUGAAGAUAUCCUGAUAAAAGAAAUAGAAAUUAGAUGGGAACAACCAUUAGAGCCAAUAUGCAGUUCGCCGGAAGACUGCACCGAUUGGGAAUAUUCGACUUGCAAUGUCAGGGAAGAUGGACAUAGUAGGUGCCAUUGCAAUGGACCCUACAGGUGGGAUCCCGUUAAUGUCAACUGCACUUCAGUCUUUGGUCCCUUUGGGCCUGGUGAAGGGUCUUCACAGGAGAAGGAUAAGAAGCCAUCAUAUCUUAUUUUCGUGGGAAUUUUUGCAACUAUAAUUGCCAUCUUAUGUAUAACUUGUUUUGUAUUCUAUCUGAAAACAAGACGAGUGGCCAAUAGACAAGAAAACAGGAGAAGUAUCGCAUUGUAUCAGUAUGACACUGAGAAACGUGUCAAAGAUUUGAUAGAUUCAGCAGAGUUCAACGAAGAUGAUAAGAAAGGCAUAGAUGUACCAUUUUUUGAUUUGGCAAGCAUACUAGCUGCUACUGAUAACUUAUCAGAGGUAAACAAGCUUGGACAAGGCGGGUUUGGGCCUGUUUACAAGGGUAAGUUUCUAGGAGGACAACUGAUUGCUAUAAAGAGGCUGUCAAGAGGUUCAGGACAAGGCUUAGAAGAAUUUAAGAAUGAGGUUUUGUUGAUUGCCAAACUUCAGCAUAGGAAUCUUGUUAGACUUUUGGGCUAUUGCAUUGAUAGAGAUGAAAAGAUGUUACUCUAUGAAUAUAUGCCAAACAAAAGCUUAGACUCUUUCUUAUUUGAUCGAACACAAUGUGUGUUAUUGAACUGGGCGAUACGCUUUAACAUCAUUUUGGGAAUUGCUCGAGGGCUGCUUUAUCUUCACCAAGAUUCUAGGCUGAGAAUCAUUCAUAGAGAUCUGAAAACAAGUAACGUUCUAUUGGAUGAGGAGAUGAAUCCUAAGAUUUCUGACUUCGGCUUGGCAAGGAUCUUUGGAGGCAAACAAACUGAGGGAACCACUACCAGGGUAGUUGGGACUUACGGCUACAUGUCUCCAGAAUAUGCAUUGGAUGGGUUUUUCUCAUUUAAGUCUGAUGCUUUCAGCUUUGGUGUUGUUGUACUUGAGGUUAUCAGUGGAAAAAGAAAUACAGGAUUUUUCCAGUCAGAAAAGACUUUGAGUCUUCUAGGCUAUGCAUGGAAAUUGUGGAAGGAAAACAGAGCAUUGGAUUUAAUGGACCAGACAUUACGUAAAAGUUGCAACACAAGUGAAUUUUUGAGGUGUGUUAAUGUUGGGCUCCUAUGUGUACAAGAAGACCCCAUUGAUCGUCCCACUAUGUCAAAUGUUGUUUUCAUGCUCGGGAGUGAAGCUGCGACUCUCCCAACUCCUAAACAACCAGCCUUUGUUGUAAGGAGAUCACUUUCGAGCACAACUUCUUCUUCUAGAAAAGGAGAAAGCAUUAAUGAAUUAACAGCUACCAUUGAAGAAGUAUUCGUGAUGGUAAGCCAAAGAAGUAAAAUCAACAGUAUAUUGUCUGCAAGUUGGUUGCUGUCUUCCUUCUUGUUCUUGUACAUACUCUUGUUGUGUUCCUGCCGUGUGGAUUGCUAUGCCAGAGAUACUCUGAAGAAUGGCGAGUGGAUUACUGACAAUGGAGAAAGUCUCAUCUCCAGUGGAGGAAAGUUUGAACUGGGAUUCUUUAACGCUACGGGAAGCUCUAGCCCCGGAAGUUUUGUUGGGAUUUGGUACAAACAGGAUAAACAAACAGUCGUAUGGGUCGCCAAUCGAGACAGCCCUGUACUUAACAACGCCACUGGAACUUUUGGAAUUGAAGGUGGCAACCUCAAGAUAAUGGAUACAACGGGAAAAGGGUAUUGGUCUACAGGUAUUGAUGAAUCCUCCUCUACAAAUCGAACUCUGAAGCUUAUGGAUUCUGGAAACCUUGUCUUAACCGAUGAUGAUGAUCAGUUGGCGAUGAGUCGGUGGGAUAGCUUUAAGCAUCCAACAGAUACAUUUCUUCCAGGUAUGAAGAUGGAUGAAAACCUGACAUUGACUUCAUGGAUACGCGAUGGUGACCCUGGAAAUGGGAGAUUCUCUUUAAAUCUAAGUAUAAAUGGAUAUGUUAUCUCACAAAAGGCGGUUUUCAACGGGAGAAAACGGAUUCCAGGUGACUUCUACAGGAUCAAUGAAAUGCCUCAAGUCGUAGCCUACAUACUGUCAAAUUUCAACAGAAGCGCCAUCAAGCCUACAAAAUUGAACCCUCAUCUCAAAAAUCCAACACACCGACUGUCUGAUUAUAAUUCCACAAGGUUGAUUAUGAAUUACACUGGGCAGUUAGAGUAUCUGAACUGGGACAAGGAUCAUUGGUCUUUGAUAUGGUGGGGGCCAGAAGACAAAUGUAGCAUUUCAAAUGCUUGUGGGAACUUUGGCAGCUGCAAUAAUAACGAUAGGAUAGCAUGCAAGUGUUUGCCGGGGUUCAAUCCUAGUAACCCGGAGAAUUGGAAUUCUGGUGACUUUUUUGGUGGGUGCACCAGAAAAUCGGCACCAUGUGGCAAGAGCGACACAUUCUUGAGCUUAAAGAUGAUGAAAGUGAGCGACCCAGACCCAGACCCACUGUUCGUGGAAAAAAAUGAAACAGUGUGCAGAAAGUAUUGCAUUAACAACUGCCAGUGCCAAGCUUAUAGUAUUAGUAACGACUUGUGCUCGAUUUGGACUGAGGAUUUAAGCGAUCUGCAGGAGUAUGCAAACAAUGGUCGUAACCUCUCUGUCCGCGUAGCAAAAUCUGACAUAGAAUCAAUUGUAAGGAAUUGUGAGCCUUGUGGCACAAACAUGAUUCCCUAUCCGUUGAGCACUGGACCAAAUUGCGGUGACCCCAUGUACUUCAGUUUCAACUGCAACACUUCCUCGGGCCAGCUUAGCUUCAAGGCACUCAGUGGCACUUAUCGUGUUGCUAGUAUCAAUACAAGUACACAAACAUUUGUCAUCCAAGUCAAAUAUGGAAGAUAUGAUAGAAAUUUAAGAGGAAUGCUGAAGCUCAAUGAGUCAUUGCCAUUUAAUCGAACCAAGUGGUCUGCUGUUGAUUCUGGCAACUAUAGUUUUGAAGUUAAAGAUGAAGUAGAGAUUAGUUGGAUUCCCCCACAGCAGCCAACCUGUACUUCAUUCAAAGACUGCAAGGACUGGCCAAAUUCAAAUUGCAUUGUAGCAAGAGAUGGAAAGCGGAUGUGCCUUUGCAACCGAAACUUCCGAUGGAAUGGCUCCACUUUAAAUUGUACUCAAGCAAGUGAUCUUCCUCAUGGGUUACAAGAGCUUCCAAAAAGAAAGAAGCGGUUUCCUUUGAGUGUUGUGGUACCUCUUAUAAGUGUGUUUGCUAUCACAUGUACCAUUACUUGUGUAUAUGUAUGGAGAAGAAAGAUGGCCCAGGAAGAAGAAAACAGAAGAAGUGAUCAAAGAAAUCGAGUACUUCGCACAUUAGACACUGAAAAACAUGUCAAAGACAUGAUAGACUCAGGUGAGUUCAGAGAAGAAGGUGAGAAAGGCAUAGAUAUACCCUUCUUUGAUUUGGAAAGCAUUCUAGCAGCUACAGAUAGCUUCUCAGAUGCAAAGAAGCUUGGAGAGGGGGGUUAUGGGCCUGUUUACAAGGGCACAUUUGCAGAAGGUCAAGAAAUAGCUGUAAAGAGACUCUCAAGUGUCUCAAGACAAGGCUUACAUGAAUUUAAAAAUGAGGUGGUGUUGAUUGCAAAACUUCAACACAGGAAUCUUGUUAGGCUUCGGGGAUAUUGUAUAAACGGAGAUGAAAAGAUUUUACUCUAUGAGUACAUGCCGAACAAAAGCUUAGACUCAUUUGUAUUUGAUCAAAAGCUAAGUAUGUCUUUGGAUUGGGAGAUUCGGCUCAAAAUCAUUUUGGGAAUAGCUCGUGGACUUGUUUAUCUUCAUCAUGACUCUAGAUUGAGGAUUAUCCAUAGAGAUCUCAAAACCAGCAACAUUCUUUUAGAUGAGGAGAUGAACCCCAAGAUAUCUGAUUUUGGCUUGGCAAGGAUGGUUGAAGGCAAAGAAAUCGGGGCAAACACAACGAGAGUUGUUGGAACUUAUGGCUAUAUGUCUCCGGAAUAUGCAUUAAAUGGAGCUUUCUCGGUAAAAUCCGAUGUUUUUAGUUUUGGUGUAGUUUUACUUGAAAUUAUAAGUGGAAAAAAGAAUACAGGAUUUUUUCAGUCAGAACUUGCCAUGAGCCUUUUAGGUUAUGCGUGGAAAUUGUGGGUAGAAAACAAGGUGUUGGAUUUAAUGGACCAGACUUUACAUGAAGUUUGCAAUGCAGAUCAAUUCGUGAAGUGCGUAAAUAUUGGACUCUUAUGCGUACAAGACGAUCCAAAUGACCGCCCCACCAUGUCUAAUGUUUUUACCAUGCUUGAUAGUGAAGCUGCGACAAUUCCCACUCCAAAACGACCAGCCUUUGUUCCAGGGACAGGCCUUUCAAGCACAACAAGUUCUUCUACUAGACCGGACACAUAUACAGAAUCAACAAGUAGUUUAGGAAGAACAUGAUAAUGCAUGAUACCAAUGCAAGUUCUUAUGAGUUUGUCCUUUACUAGACUUGCAAGUGUUAUGUAUAAAAGUUUCUAUAUUUAAGAAGGUUGUAUUAGUCCUUCACCCUAAUGAAACUUCUCUUCCCAUACAUAUUUCUUUA